AUGAUAGCAGAUAUUUUCUCAUCAUUCGACGACCACAACUCCGUAUUCAUAUCAAUAUACAUUCUAAUGUGACUUUGCUCACUUCUAGUCCUUGCAAUCUUCAAUAUAUCAAUCUGAACAAACACAAACCGUUUUGCCUAUCUAUUAAAUGUCCCAAAGAGCGUUAUUUCCUCCCAAGUCACCCGAUCCUUCGGCCUAAAACUAGGAGGAUUCACAAACUUUAUGGCGGCUUUAUUUGCCUCUCUAUUAGUCCUCAACCUUCUGGGCCUAGUGCCAUACGUGUUUAGAAAUACCAGCCACCUCGCCAUAACUCUGUCUUUAAGAAUCCCCCUAUGAAUGUCUUUAAUUAUUUCAAGAGCCAUCUUAAACCCGUCCUCAACCGCAGCCGGUUUACUGCCGGCCGGAGCUCCGGCCCUCCUUAACCCAUUCCUCGUGCUUGUAGAGACUGUCAGUAUCCUGGUUCGCCCUAUCACACUAUCUAUCCGACUAGCAGCCAACAUAAGGGCCGGCCACAUCGUCCUCGGCCUAAUCAGCACCUACCUUUGCUCAGCAAUCUUUAUUUACCCUAAAGUCACUCUACUAACACUCUUAACCGUGCAGACCUUCUACUUCAUGUUUGAAAUCGGGGUAUCCCUCAUUCAAGCAUACAUUUUCUCACUCUUAAUCACCCUCUACUCAGACGACCACGCUAAGUAA